AUGGUGUCAAAGAAGAAAAGAAUUCCCACCCCCAACUUCAUCGAAUCAUACCAAAGGAAGAUCCUCCUCGGCAUCACCGAACUCAACACCAAGAUGCAAACUCUAACACUAGAAGAACGCAUCGACUAUCUUUCCAACGCACAUUCAUCCUUGAUAUUCCGUAUUGAUCAGGUGAGAGUUUAUAUUGAACAACUAGGUGUUUCUGGUCGAGCUCAAUAUCUUGCGUCAAUGAAGGUUAUGGAACAGGAUAUGUUGCGCAAUAUUAUCUUGGUGAGGAAUUUGCUUGAUCAUUUUUGGUUGUUGAGAAAUGCCUUACAUAGCUCCAUGCCUCUGGCGAGCGCGGACGAAAUUGAGGCUUUGAAAGAGGAGUUGCGAUUGGAUUAG